ACAAAUCCCAGCCAUUCUCAUAACUACACCUGGCUCUACCUCCAAGUAAUCUGCUCUGAGCUCCAGGAACUGAGGCAGUCCAGAAACUUCCAACAGGCACAAGAGGCACAAUGGUCCCUGUCCUGUUGUCCCUCCUGUUCCUUCUAAGCCCUGCUGUCCCACAGGAGACCCAGGAUGAACAUUAUUCUCUGAGUUUUCUCUACACUGGGUUGUCCAAACCCAGUGUGGGUUUCCCCAGCUUUCAGGCAAUUGCCUACCUCAACGACCAGGCCUUCUUCCGCUAUGACAGCAACAGCAGGAAGGCUGAGCCCCUGGAACCAUGGAGCCAGCUGGAAGGAAUGGAGGACUGGGAGAAGGAGAGCCAACUUCAGAAGGCCAGGGAGGACAUCUUCAUGGAGACCCUGAAGGACAUCAUGGACUAUUACAAGGAUGGAAAAGGGUCUCACACCUUCCAGGGAGUGUUUGGUUGUGAGCUCUGGAGCAACCAAAGCAGCGGAGCCUUCUGGAGUUACGCCUACGACGGACAGGACUUCAUCAAGUUUAACAAGGAAAUCCCAGCUUGGGUCCCCUUGGACCCAGCAGCUGUGAAUGUCAAGCAGAAGUGGGAGGCAGAAGCGGUCUAUGUGCAGCGGGCCAAGGCCUACCUGGAAGAGGAGUGUCCCGGGAUGCUGCAGAGAUACCUGCAACACGGUCAGAAGUAUCUGGACCAGAAAGAUCCUCCCUCAGUGGCCCUCAGCAGUCACGCGGCCCCAGGAAGUACGAGGACCCUCAAGUGCCUGGCUUAUGACUUCUACCCACGAGGCAUUCGUCUGCACUGGAGUCAGGAUGGUGUCACGCAGGAGACCAAGUCAGGGCAAGUGGUUCUUCCCAGUGGAAAUGGCACUUACCAGGCCUGGCUGGUGUUGGAAGUCCCCCCUCAGGUCAAAGCCCUCCACGCCUGCCACGUGGAGCACAUCACCCUGGACCAGCCUCUUGUUGCUGUGCUGUGGGACAAGAGUCAGGGGGCAAAGGCUGCAGAGGAUGUGGGGACCCAGCCCCAGUAGCCACCCUUCCUGCAGGCCAGGAGUGCGAUGAACUCUGGAAAUCUCCGCCAGUGUCACUGGGGAGGCCCAGGAGGCAGUGCGAAGGGGCAGGGCGAAGGGGCAGGGCGGGUCUAGAGAAAGAAGACUCGGGACUGCUGGAGACGAAACUGACUCAUUGCCAAAUUGCCUUGUAACACUUGUUAUCUAAUCUGUAAAAUCAACAACAAUUACCUCUUCUAGUGCACAAUACAGAAAACAUUUUCAAACUAAGAAAUGCUAUAGAAAUGUGAGAUUUUUAUCAUUUGUCCCAUCCUCCCACCCCUGCCCCACAGCAUUUGAUCCCUCAGCUUGGCAUCUACUUCAAGCAAGCA